CAGCAAAGCUUCCGGUGCAGCACGUUUCUGCCCCACUCCCCCCGUCCGCCCCCGCUCCGGCAGCGUUUGCCGGAGGAGGCGGCAGGGCCGAGCCCUGGGGCGGGGAGCGCUCGGUCCGGCGCGGGCGGCACGUGGUGCGGCGGAACCGGGAAGGGAAGAGGAGCUGCGCAGCUGGACGAGCCUCUCCCGGCCGGGUGUCCCUCAAUCAUCUAAAAUGGUUUUGAAGAAGAAGAAGGAAAUUUGGGUUGAUGCGUUCUCUCUUGAUUGUCAGCAGCUUGAGAAACUUCAGGGGUUUUCAAAGGCUGAAGAGCAAAAUCUGGCCUCUCUGCUUCUGCACUGUGCACAACUGAGCAAUGGCAUCCAGCAGAUCCAAUGUAUUAAACAAAUUACGCCUUUGGUAAAGACAAUGGAUCAAAGCUCUACAUGUGAUCACAUGCUUAAAGCUUGUUUGGAAAUUUUGGGAGAGAUAUACUUUUCAUUGGAUGUGAAGAAUCCCCUGAAAAAAGUAUUAGCAAGUUCACUGAAUGGUUUUCCUGAACGGUUUAUGACAUUAGCUGUGCAAAGCUUUGUGUGCUGCCUUAGGGAAGAACUGAAAACCACAGAUGUAUAUUUGUACAGAAAAGUACUGGACAACCUUGCUUCUUGUAUGGAGGACUUCAGCUUAGGUAGAGCAAGUAUUACGAAUCUGUUUGAAGAAGUUCUUCAGUUUCUGCAGAAGUCACUACUUGAUCUACAGGAAGAAAACAGAAGUAAUAACGGAAAUCGGAUUGUUCAGACUCGGUUGAUGCAUGAUUUAUUGAUGGCCAUUAAAGUUUCAAUGAUGCUUGUACAGAAGUUGCAAGAAAAUAUUCAGGGAAGUCUUUGGAAAAAUCACGAGUCUUUUGUUUGGCAAAGUAUGUGUAACUUACUGAAAACCUCCACAGACUUCCUAACAGAUGAUACUCUCCUGCAGACUGUUCAGACUACCUCUGGACUGGCCUUUAUUCUGUUCACUAAAGCUAUGUAUGAGCCAGUUGAAGAAUUACCUUCCUUGAUCAGUGACUUGCUGUGUGGAUCAAGGAAACUUGCAGGCAUGCCAGCGUGGUUUGUGAAUAACUGUGGGGCUCUGCGCACAGAGCAGCUUUCUGACUCUGUCCUUCUCUUCCUAUGCCAUGGAGCACUGGCUAUGCUGGAUUGGAAGAGUGGCAGCAUGGGUGAAAAUGGAGAGAAACUAUUACUUGAUAUCGCCUCGGUCCUGUUGUCUCUGAGUUCUGAGUUAAAAGAAUCCAGCAUGGCAACGUCUUUGUCUCGAAUCCUUGCUAUUUGGACUAACUCAGCCAUAGCUGCCCUUAUUUCAGACUCACCAAAUCUAAAACUGAAACUUAAUGGGAAUUCAGAGGUGGUUGGGAAGCUGCUGGAAUAUGUAUACACACACUGGGAACACCCUCUAGAUGCUGUUAGACAUCAAAGCAAGCUGAUAUUCAGGAAUCUUCUUCGGAUACACCAGACCAUCAUUACCGGAUCUGAUGAAAAAUCAGACCCAUUCUUUGCAAGGCUAACCAAGCGGUUACUGAGUUUGGAAUGGCAUGUGAAGGGGAAAUAUACUUCUCUUGCCUGUCUUGUGGAGUGUCUGGGCACUGAAAAUAUACUGCAGUUGGACAGAUCAAUUCCAGUACAAAUAUUGAAUGUGAUGAAUGAUCAGUCUCUUGCACCCUAUGCUAGUGAUCUUUUGGAAACCAUGUUUACAAAUCACAAAGUCCAGUUUACUUCAAGUUCUCAGAAGAGUACUUGGAUUGACCAGUGGCAUGACAUUUGGGUUUCUCCUCUUCUUCUAAUACUGUGUGAAGGGAACCAUGACCAAACUACAUAUAUAAUAGAUUACUAUUUACCAAAGUUACUCAGAUGUAGCCCUGACAGUCUGAGCUACAUGAUUAGGAUUCUUCAGGCUUCUGCAGAUGCUAAUCUCGGCUCUUGGAGUACCAGAGGAGCUCUUGGAGCCCUGAUGGCAUGCCUAAGAACAGCCAGGGCUCAUGGACACCUGGAGCUUUCAAAUAUUAUGAGCAGUGGUCUUGUAUCUACUGAAUCUAUAAAACAGGGUCUAGUCCAUCAGCACAAUCAGGUUUGCAUAGAUGCUUUAGGUUUGCUUUGUGAAACUCAUCGUAGCACAGAAAUUGUGUCUGUGGAAGAAAUGCAACUGAUUUUAUUUUUCAUUACGUACAACUUGAACAACCAGUCUCCUUCAGUAAGGCAGCAGAUAUGUUCUUUGCUGAGAAAGUUAUUUUGUAGAAUACGAGAAAGUUCUCAGGUGCUUUAUAAAUUGGAGCAAAAUAAAGCCAAGCAGGAAUUAUUUGAAGACUCACCUAAAAGGAAUCCUUUGGGGAUUUUGCAGAAAUAUAGAGAUUUCAUGUCAUCUUUAUGUGACAGACUUUUUGAAGCACUGUUUCCUGGUUCGUCGCACCCAACCAGAUUUUCUGCCCUUAGUAUUUUAGGAUCAGUAGCUGAAAUAUUUUCUCUUCCAAAAGGCCAGGAGCAAGUUUUUAGAUUGGAUCAGGAGAUCAGUUCUGCUCGUGUCCAAACUUUGAUUCAGUGUUUUGCAAGUACUUUUGAAGAAGUAAAAGUCCUGGCAUUUGAGCUGUUGAUGAAGCUACGUGAUGUUGUGUUUAAUUUACAGGAUUCUGAAAGUCUGGAUCUGUUAUUCCGAGCAGCAAUGGAUCUUAGCACAAGUACCAAGCCGUACGAUUGUGUCACUGCUUCCUAUUUGUUGAACUUCUUAGUGUAUCAUAAAGGUCUGCAGCAUAUUUCUUUAGGAAAAUGGAUUAAGCAUAACCCCCAGAUGAAGGAAGACUCAUCAGUAGGUACAGUGGAGGAGAACACUUUAGCAGUUAUCAAGCUUUUGUUGGUGAAUGUCGAAGAAGAAAUAUUUCAAGCUAAAAAGUCUCUACUUCAAGCAGCAGCUUCGUUCCCAAUGUAUGGGAGAGUGCAUUGUAUAAACAGAGCGUUGCAGCAAUUACCUCUUAAUAACUUGAUGUUCGUAUCUGAAUGGAAGCAAAUAGUGUCAAGACUCAUUCUGAUGUCAUACGAGCUCUCUGCUGUAGUAUCACCAGUAGUGCAGAGCUCAUCACCAGAGGGUCUUAUUCCAAUGGAUAUUGAUUCAGAAACUGCGGAUCGCCUGCAGAUGAUUCUGAGUGAGAUACAGCCACAGGACACAAACGAUUAUUUUUUGCAAGCAAAAAUGUUGAAAGAACACUGCAAAAUACAGUCUGAAAAGCUGGCUGACCACAAGCCAAUGGAAAAUAUUUGCACAGAAAUGAAAGGUAAAGAAAGUCACAUAUGUGACGUCACAGCUCAGAUGGUACUCGUGUGUUGCUGGAGAAGCAUGAAGGAAGUAUCUCUGCUGUUAGGGACACUGUGUAAACUUUUGCCUACACAGGCUUCAACUGAACCUUCAGAUGGGUUGAUUACUGUAGAACAGGUCAAAAAUAUUGGAGACUACUUUAAACAUCAUCUGAUGCAGUCGAGGCACAGGGGUGCCUUUGAAUUGGCAUACGCUGGCUUUGUGCAGCUUACAGAAACACUUUCAAGAUGCAACAGUGAGAGUUUGCACAAGAUGCCAGAGCAGUGGCUAAGCUGUGUUUUAGAAGAAAUAAAAGCUUGUGAUCCUUCAUCUACGUUAUGUGCAACCAGACGUAGUGCAGGAAUUCCGUUCUACAUACAGGCUUUGUUAGCUUCAGAACCAAAGAAGGGCAAAACGGAUUUGCUGAAAAUGACAAUCAAAGAAUUGAUGUCCUUGGCAGCACCUUUGAGUGAACCUCCAAGUGUGAUCCCACAGGUUCAUGCUUUAAAUAUCCUACGGGCACUGUUCAGAGAUGCACGUUUAGGUGAAAACAUCAUGCCUUAUGUUGCAGAUGGAAUACAAGCAGCAAUUCUAGGUUUUAUGUCACCUGUCUGGGCAGUAAGAAAUUCAUCCACGCUUCUUUUUAGUGCUCUAAUUACAAGGAUUUUUGGAGUUAAAAGAGGGAAAGAUGAGAAUUCCAAAAAAAAUAGGAUGACAGGAGCAGAGUUUUUCUCCCGAUUUCCAAGUCUUUAUCCUUUCCUUCUCAAGCAGUUGGAGGUUGUAGCCAAUACUUUGAACAGUGAAGAUGAAGAACUGAAAAUCCAUCCAAGUUUGUUCCUUUUGCUUUUAAUCCUUGGAAAGCUGUAUCCAUCUCCAAUGGAUGGCACUUACUCAGCACUCAGCAUGGCACCAUUUGUCCCCUAUAUUAUAAGGUGUGGGCACUCACCUGUUUACCGUUCACGUGAGAUGUCAGGUCGGGCACUUGUUCCAUUUGUUAUGAUAAAUGAAGUGCCACAUACAGUACUGUCACUGCUGAAGGGGCUUCCAGAUUCUACUAGUCUUUGCAUACGACAGAAUAACAUUCAUGGAACACUUCUUCAAGUUUUUCACUUGCUGCAGUCAUACUUGGAUUCAAAACAGCUUGGUAAUUCAGACUUUGUGCAGGGACUCAGUGACAUCAUUGCCUGCAUAGGAAGCAAACUGUGGCUGGCUAAAAGGCCAAAUCCUUGUUUGGUGACCAGAGCUGCUUUUCUCGAUGUCCUUGUGAUGCUGAGUACUCACCUGGCAAAUUACCAAAAGCAAGGAAUGCAGUUUGUUGAGUUUUGGGAAGAGAUGAACAGAGUUAUUUCCGAAUCUGAACUGAUGACAGGUGUUCCCUACUUGACUGCAGUACCUGGACUGGUGCAGUAUCUUCAGAGCAUCACCAAACUUGUAAUAUCAGUGCUGUCGGUGACCUCAACUGCUGACAUCCAGAGUAGCAGUUCUCCCACUGCAAUGAAAAUAGCCAAGCCAUCAUUGUCAAUAGUUCAUCUCCUUCACCAUGAGUUUCAUGAAGUACGUCUACUUGCAUUGGAAGCAGUACUGCUCUGGCUGAAAAAAGUGAAUGCCAAGCAGGUUGCAAAAGAAGGAGGUGUACCGUGUUUGCUUGUUGAUUUGGAGGGCAUUCUCCUCUCAAUGGCUCUGAAGGAAAAGAAUCUCGAGUGUUUCUACAAGGUGCUGGAAAUUCUUUAUAAUAUGGAUCUCAGAAACGUGCUUCCAAAGACUGAAUGUUCUAUAAAAAUGAAUCCAAAUGAGUUUUUAACCUGGAGCUUAGACAUUAUGGAUAACUCCAACAGCACUGAAGUUCAAAGCAUGGCUCUCAAGUUUACCUCAAAGUUGGUUGUACAUCUGUUAGAGAACCACCAGCAGAUUUCAGAAGAGGUCUUGAAAAAGUGGAUUCACCAGUUAAUUUAUUUUUGUGAAGAUGAGCAGGAGACAGAGAUGCUGCUAGCAGCUGCUGAAGUACUUAAGAGUGUAACAUCAUUACUUCUGAUCAGUGAACAGCUUGUUCUUGGUCUCUCUGAUACCCUUGCAAUGUGGAAAUGUGUGAUUCUCCUGCUGCAGAAUGAAGACUUGGUAGUAAGGGAUGCAGCUGCUGAGGUUCUACAAGUGGCACAGGCUGAAAAAAAGAGCAGUAAAGGAACAGAGAUUGAUGGAGGAGUUAUGAAAAACAUGAAAUCAGAACUUGUCUGUAGAGAGCGCUGUGCUGAAGCGAUCUAGUGCUCUUCCAGUUGCUAUCCUGAAAACAAGACUUAAUGCUGUGGAGGGGCAUAGCUGCAUGCAGAAGAUGGAAACGUUUUCAUUCUAAGUACAUGAUGUCAACCACUAUCGUGCGGAAAGUAAAGAGCUUUCUACAGCUGGAUCAAUUUCAAGUCCUCCCAACUGCCCUGGGUAGGAGAAACCAGCAUUCAUGGUGUGCUUAAUAUCACAUGUGAAUUUUAAGCUACCUGGAGAGUCUUUUGUAAAUUUGGAGUCUGAUCACCGGAUAGUUCUCCUAGUCAGAUCUUGUGAUGUGCCCAUGGGGCUCUUGGGAAGUCUGCAGGAGUCUUCAGCAUUGUCAGGGCCACUGAUGGAAAACUGCUCCUGGUGUUAGUCAGAAGGCGCUGGUGUUCUUUGUGCUGGGGACAAGUGGAAGGAAGGCUAAUGAUUUUUUCUUUUUCUGGGAUCAGCUCCAGUGUCUGUUUUGCUUUGACAGUAUUAUUGAUAAGUGCAUUCUUGUAACCAGAUACACAACUAUCCAAAAAGAACUAAACCUGCUAUGAAAGAGGGAUUGUUUGAGCUGAAUGUCAGGACUUCAGUGGGAGGAGACCUUUAGCCAACUGGCCUUUGACAGUAGAGAAAACCCAUCCCAGCAGAAGCAGAAGAUGAUGCGAUGAAGCUCAGAAAUGAUCAAAAGCAGAAAAAGCUCAUAGUGAAGCAGAGUUGUUCGUGUUGCAGAACAAGAUGAAACUGCCUAAAUGAUACGUACUUUAUGAAGGUUGUUUUUGGUGUCUAUGUAAUAGUCUACAUUAAAAGAAAUAUUUCUGCUACCUCAAUGGAAAGUGUGAAGUACUGGCAGCAGUUUGCAGUGUUAUAAUCAAAUGCAGUGUAGGACCGUGUAUUCACAGACACUAUAAGGUGGUGAAAGCUCUUCGGCUAUGUUAGAUAAAGCAUGCUGAGGACAGGAGGAAAGGUCAAACAGCUGUGUGUGUAUUCCUGGAAUACGCUGAAAGGGGUUCUAACAAGGGAGGUGGAGGGGGUGCUGCUGGGAACUAUGAGAACACUCUGCCCUGGGAAGUGCACUAGACAUUAGUGAAAAGUACCACAGACUGUGCAAGGUAACAUCACAGCUAAUGUACCAACAUUGUCUGUAAUUGUAGGAUUCUAAGUAGAGUAAGGUUCACAGCGAGGGACAUGCUCCUUAAAACACUGAACAUUCAGGCUACUACUUGAGGGCAGUACCUCUGGCCACAUCUAUUUUUCUCCUGUGCUUUUAAAAGUAAAUACUUCUUCGUGCAUAUAUAAGAUUCAUUUAAAUCACAGCAAACUAAUAGAUGGUAAAUAUCUGUGGUAGUUGGUGACUACCUGAUGACUGUGAUGACCUUACAUCUAAGAAGUUUGUUCCAGAAAGCAAAAUGACACGUGGUAGAGAUUAUGAAAUAUUUACUGUGGCUAGAAGCUAUAAUUUGGUGUUUUUUACAUCUACUGUAAUAGUUCUAAGAAGGGCACAAUUACAGGUCAGUUGCAAGAUGAAAGAAUUGAGGUUUACAAGUGUAAAUGAAUUCAUCUGGCCUCUGUGCUAGAAUAAAUUUAGUCUUGUUCCAGAAGCAGAUUUGACCUGUGGCCUAGUUGUAUCAUAAUGUUAUACUCAUAGGUAUAUUCAGAAUCUUUAAAAUUUCUUUUAUAGCUGACAUUCCAGUUAUAUACCAUAAAAAGUCUCCUAUUUUUACAAAAAUCACUGGAAGAUAUGAUUGAGAAGUAAGUGAAGUCUUUCAGGUUGUGUUUGUAAUUGUUUCCUGCCUUAAUAGUGACUCUUGAAUGAUUGUAGGUAGUGUAAUUGUGUGUAGAUAUUUUCUGUGGGUGCAGAGGAAAAGUAGGCAGAAAAGGCUAGAAAAUUGGCUUAAAACUCUUUGGAAGUUACCUUUGGCUUCAUGGACCCAGAGCUCAUUGUGUUGUCUGCUUUUGCAAGAAAUGCUAUGUAAAAACAAAUUGUAUUACCCGCCCUGUGCUGACUAGUCCUUACAGUGAAGUCAUGAAGCAUUGUGGUUUGGGGGUUUGUUGUUUCCUGUAGCUGGUGUUCUACACUGCUAAUUCUGGGCACUUGAAGAAUCAACACAAAUGUUUAGCUUCUUCCUUUCUAGAAUUUUGAAAUGUGAUCUUAGCAUAUUUAUUUAGAGACAGGAUAGAGGUUCCCUGACAAAUAAAGAUUGCUGGAUUUAGCCUAUAAUCUGUAUAACAUUUUGCUACAGUGUUCAGUGUUCCUACCAAGAUUGGAAUGUAUUAUUGAAUAAGUUGGAAUAUGGAAGUGUGUAAUUUUUUGUUCAUUCGUUAGCUGACACAGGUGAAAGCUGAAGCAAAUGGGGUGCAAGCACUAAAAGAUCUAUAACUUGCAACUGCCUCUGUCCUCCUUAGACUGCUUGAGACAGAGAAGGUCACGUGAAGAAAAGCAGCACAAAUAGAUACGGCCCGGCAUCUGUGGUAUUUUUGGUGUGUUAAACACCACCUUCACAGUGCAUUUGAGAACGGCAUUCUGGAAGUUCUGAUGUGAAAGAUCAGUGAGAGGAUUGGCUAGGUGUAUCUGUGAUAGCACUGCGCUUUGCAAAGGCUGACAUGGGAUUACAACUGAAAGAAUAUGAUGGGCUGGAGAGCUUGCAAAAUUUUACAAGUUUUCAAUGAAUUGAAAAGCCCAGCUCAGU